GCCCACUGACGAAUGGAAUGGAAUGCACCUGGAACUCACUUCCUCUUGAAGAAGUGCAUUGAAUUAAGAAAGCAGUUUCAGGGGGUUUGGAUUGGGAGUGGUGUUGGCUGGGGAAACAUGGAGAGGCCAGAGAGCCAUACUUGUAAAUUGUGCUUAGGAGAAGAAGAACGCUGCCUUUUGGCCACUAGAGGCCCCUAUCAUCUUCUAUGAGGAGUGCCCUCAUUGCCCUUUCCAUCAUGGCCGCCUGGAGUGGCCGACUUGCCGCUCAUAACGCAUGCGCAAUGAUUACAAACAAAUGUUUGAAAGAAAUUUACCGCGUAACUGUUAAAAAAUGAAGCCUGUCCGGGGAUCGGAACGCGCCUCCUCCAAGGCACCUAAAGGCAAGAAGACAGGCGAGAAGCCAAAUAAGCCCGGUAUAAAGACACGUCAACGGAGAGUAUCUCGGGAGGAGCCCCAGCCAGGAACCAGCAGCCAGAUCCCUCAGCCAAAACCACAGAAGAAGAAGAAAGGUGGCACAGUUGCAAGUCCCAGGAAGCUGAAAGGUCAGGAGAAGUGGAAACCGCUGACCAAGUCCUCCAUUACGGCUCUAGACAACAUACUGGGACUGUCUAUACUGUCUGUUCUGGCCGGAAGACGGACUAAGAAAGAGGAAUCGCAGAAACAUCUGAACAUUGUGAAAAACAGGUUCCUGUCUGAACUGGCUCAACUGCCAGUCCCAAUUCAGAAACAGGAAAUGAUGAGUUAUUCUUCCCGUCAACACCAGGAAGAGACUAGGAAGUCAGCCGUUGGCAAGAAGAUCCUCAACAAGCUGGUGGCGGAGCUGGGUGCUGUGGUGGGCUCUCUAAAACAGCUAGAGAAGGAGAGAGACUCCCUGGAGCACCAGUGUUUUAACCUCCGACAACGACUGGAGCAGCAGGAGGAGAGGAACCAGCAGAUCCUCCAGUUGUCAGAACAAGGAGUCCUGCGUCUCCCACCUGUACCUCAGUGCAAAGACAGGCCCUUACAGGAGCAGAUGGUGUGUCUGGUUCAUAGCAGACACUCAGUCACCACGGCGCGUCGCCUCGCCAAGACCCUCCAGACAUCAGGGCCGGUCCAGGAUGCCCAGACCCUGCUGGAACGAGCCUACAGACACGCUGACCGCCUGAUCACUCCACCUACAGCUGUCGGCCAAUAGCAGGACUCCAUCCAGACUGGUUGGCCAAUAGCGGGACUCCAUCCAGCCUGGUUGGACAAUAGCGGGACUCCAUCCAGCCUGGUUGGACAAUAGCGGGACUCCAACCAGGCUGGUUGGACAAUAGCGGGACUCCAUCCAGACUGGUUGGACAAUAGCGGGACUCCAUCCAGACUGGUUGGACAAUAGCGGGACUCCAUCCAGACUGGUUGGACAAUAGCGGGACUCCAUCCAGACUGGUUGGACAAUAGCGGGACUCCAUCCAGCCUGGUUGGACAAUAGCGGGACUCCAACCAGCCUGGUUGGACAAUAGCGGGACUCCAACCAGCCUGGUUGGACAAUAGCGGGACUCCAUCCAGCCUGGUUGGACAAUAGCGGGACUCCAACCAGCCUGGUUGGACAAUAGCGGGACUCCAUCCAGCCUGGUUGGACAAUAGCGGGACUCCAUCCAGCCUGGUUGGACAAUAGCGGGACUCCAUCCAGACUGGUUGGACAAUAGCGGGACUCCAUCCAGCCUGGUUGGACAAUAGCGGGACUCCAUCCAGCCUGGUUGGACAAAGGGGGGGCUCCAUCCAGCCUGGUUGGACAAAGGGGGGGCUCCUUCCAGCCUGGUUGGACAAUAGCGGGACUCCAUCCAGCCUGGUUGGACAAUAGCGGGACUCCAUCCAGCCUGGUUGGACAAUAGCGGGACUGUAUUAGCGAUAUAUUUUUGACUAUGUAUAAGCCAUUUGUUAUAUGGCUCUGUCAUGGGCUUUGCACGGACCACCUGACUUUAACUGCUACGUAGUUAACAUUGUAUUGGGAGGAGCCCCAUUUGUUCAUAUCUGUAUGUAUUUUAUUGUUUUCCUAAGUGUUUCUUCUUUUAGCUGUAGAUGAUAAUUAAAAACCUGUAAAAGUGUUUGACUGUUUUGAUGAGUUCCUUUGAUGAAUAUAGUUCUGAUAAUGCCUCUCGUCCAGACAGGCUGGGUGACAGGUUUACUUCAGCCCUGAGAUAAUGCCUCUAGUCCAGACAGGCUGGGUGACAGGUUUACUUCAACCCUAAGAUAAUGCCUCUAGUCCAGACAGGCUGGGUGACAGGUUUACUUCAGCCCUGAGAUAAUGCCUCUCGUCCAGACAGGCUGGGUGACAGGUUUACUUCAGCCCUAAGAUAAUGCCUCUCGUCCAGACAGGCUGGGUGACAGGUUUACUUCAGCCCUAAGAUAAUGCCUCUAGUCCAGACAGGCUGGGUGACAGGUUUACUUCAACCCUAAGAUAAUGCCUCUAGUCCAGACAGGCUGGGUGACAGGUUUACUUCAGCCCUAAGAUAAUGCCUCUAGUCCAGACAGGCUGGGUGACAGGUUUACUUCAGCCCUAAGAUAAUGCCUCUAGUCCAGACAGGCUGGGUGACAGGUUUACUUCAGCCCUAAGAUAAUGCCUCUAGUCCAGACAGGCUGGGUGACAGGUUUACUUCAGCCCUGAGAUAAUGCCUCUAGUCCAGACAGGCUGGGUGACAGGUUUACUUCAGCCCUAAGAUAAUGCCUCUAGUCCAGACAGGCUGACUUCAACCCUAAGAUAAUGCCUCUAGUCCAGACAGGGUUGAAGCAGAGACGUCGCUAGACAGAACAUUCGGGGGCUCAGGCCUGAAGACCUGGGGCUGACUCCGAGGGGGGGAUUUGAUCCCUGCGCACGCUAGCAGUGAACGUUUUGCAGAAAUAUGACGCUAGGUUGCAUAUCUCACUGCUUUCUUCCCUGCGCUGUGCUCUCUUGACGCCAAAUAACCAACAUUUAAUAUUAAUUCAAUGGAAUAUGAUGUCAAUAAAUGUUUAUUUAUUAGCAAGUACAAGUGCAAAACUAUAUAAUUUCCCAUGACGAAAAAUAGUUGGGAAAAGUAUGUUUCAUUUGGUUGCAAUGAUUUCAUAAACCAUGUCCAAUUUUUGAUUGGCAAUAAAAAUAAAAGCCUCA